CAACCACUUCCGCGCCGAAUAGCCAAUCGAAGCACUCCUUGUGCGCUGUACCAGGCGGUCCCGUCAGCGCCUGGCAUCCCGGGUCACAGGGGGUCCGGCCCUUCGGCCGUUCCCCGCGGAGCUGUGGCGGCGCCUGUCAGCCGGUUUGUGGCUGUGACUCUGAAGUUCUCCAUUUGGACCUGUGGCUUCAGGGAAAUCCUAUGGAGAAUCCAGAUAACAAGACAGAGGUCGUUCUGCUGGCCUGUGGUUCUUUCAAUCCAAUCACCAACAUGCAUCUGAGGCUGUUUGAACUGGCUAAAGACUACUUGCAUGAAACAGGAAAAUACAACGUAAUCAAAGGAAUCAUUUCCCCAGUGGGUGAUGCAUAUAAGAAGAAAAGUUUGAUCAGCGCCAAUCACCGAGUAACCAUGGCAAAGCUUGCUACAGAAAGCUCAGACUGGGUGCAAGUUGAUGACUGGGAAAGCAGCCAGAAUGAGUGGCUGGAGACACUCAAAGUUCUAAGAUACCAUCAUCAGAAACUUGCAUCUUCUACUCCUGCUAACAGUCUGCAAAAUGCUGUACCUCUAAUAAAGCCAGGCCGAAAGAGAAAACAGGAAGCAAAUAGAUACAUUCCUGCUAAAAAGAAUCAACUGAGUCCAGAAACAAAAGGUGUCCCACAGCUGAAGCUGCUCUGUGGAGCUGACAUGCUGGAGUCCUUUGGAAUCCCCAACUUGUGGAAGCUGGAAGACAUCACUGAAAUUGUGGCAAACCAUGGCCUUGUCUGCAUAACUAGAGCUGGAAACAAUGCACAGAAAUUUAUCUAUGAAUCUGAUACGCUGUGGCAACACAAGAAUAACAUUCACCUGGUAGAAGAGUGGAUCACCAAUGACAUCUCUUCCACCAAGAUCCGGAGAGCACUGAGGAGAGGACAGAGCGUCCGUUAUCUGGUCCCUGAUGCAGUCCGGGCUUACAUUGAAAAAUACAACCUGUAUAGUCCAGAAAGUGAAGACAGGAAUGUUGGAGUUAUUCUGGCCCCUUUACAGAAAUAUGCUAGGGGAUGUAAGCAGGAACAGACACUGUAAUCUAGCCUGUCUUUAUGCUGUGAAAACCCUAUGCUUUAACAUGGGAAGAUGUUUAAUCUCUUCUAGUAAAUCAGGUCUGAUUCUGUAGCCCUUGUACGUAUGUAAGUACCAUUGAAUUAAAUGGGAGUUUUGUGCGUAUGGGGAUUGAGCUUUUACAGCACAGGCCUUGUCUUAAAAAAGUAUGUUUUACCUCAGGUUAACUAACAUGCAUGAGCUAUCCUGAGGUAAAGACACAGUGAGGACAAGGCACUUAGUUUUACCAUAAGAUAAACUAGGAAAGGUCAGCUCUAUUGACCUCACCAAGGGUAUGUCUACACUUCCCAUAUUACAGCACAGCCAUGGCAGCGCUGUGAUGUGGCCAGUGUAGUUACACUUUAUCACCAGGGGAGAGCUCUCCCAGCGAUUAAAACCCCCCCCACCCCAAAUGAGUGGUGGUAGCUUUAUCGCCCAGAGUGCAGCUCCCGGCGAUAAAGUGCUGUCUAUACUGUCGCUUUAAAACUUUUGUUGCUCAGGGGUGUGUUUUUUCACACCCCUGAAUUACUAAAGUUUUAGCACUGAAAGUGGCAGUGUAGACACAGCCCUAGUCUACCUCACAGUAAAAGGGUAUGUCUACACA